AUGUCAAAGACGACCAAUGACCUACUAGCAUCCUUUCCUUUUCCACCUAUUAACAAAGACGAAGAUUACAAAGUUCCAUUAUUAAAUUGGGAACAAGUUCGUGAAAUAAUUGAACAGGGCCGCCUGGAACUUUUCAUACGGGAAAAGGAGGUGACAACUGAAUAUCGACGAUUUAGAAAAGAAAAAAUCGAAGAAUACGGCACGAUAGAAAAUUACGUUCGUAAAAAAAUUUUAAAUUGGCCUGAUCUCCCUGAAAACCCACAAAUUUCUAGUGCAUCCCUUUCUAUUACUGUUAAUAAUUCAUUGUCAACUGCCAAUACUGAUGCACAUGAAAAACGCCCAAUCUCACAAUACUUUUAUGCCGAAAUCCCAGCAACUCACUACGCGUUACUUGAGAAUGAUUUCCCAUACGCCAUAGAAUCAUCAAUCAAGCAUUUUAUUCUCUGGUCUAAGCUUGCCUUUACUCCAGGAUCAAUGCAGGAAGUUGAUCGAUUUCUACGUGCAAAGUUUCCACGGAAUAAGGAAUGGCUGUUUUUUGUUAAUCUACCACAUCUACAGAGUGUACAAGGUGUGUCGCAUGCUCAUGUAUUUGUUAGAGAUAUUCCAUCAAAAACCAACAAUUGUGAACAAGAUCAAGUGGAGGAUAAAAGAGUGUGA